AUGGAGAGCAUCCAGGCAGGGAGUGACGGCAAUGCGCCAGCGAGGAGUGCGACAGGACGAUCCGGACACGACAUGGGCUCUGGCGCAGUGCCGCCAGUGGCGCAGCAGCAGGCACAGCAACCUCAGCAGCCGCAGCAGCAGAUGCAGGCUUUGCCGCCACAGCAGCCGCAUCAGCAGCAGUUGCAGCAGCACAUGUGGACGCAGCAGCAGCAGCCGCAGCAGUUCGCGCACAUGUCGAACAUGCCGAUGCAGGGGAUGCAGAUGCAGGCUUCGCAGCUGCAUCAGAAGCAGCAGCCGGGGCCGCCGCCGGCGCAACAAUCGCACCAGCAGCAACCACCUCAGCAGCAGCUGCCUCCGCAGCAGCCUCAGCAGGCCCAGCUGCAGGCGGGCGCGGCCCCCGCCGCAGCGCCAGCGCCGGCGGCGGCGGCGCCAACCCUGAAAAAGAACCGGAUCAAAAAUGUGACGAUCAAAAAGAGCGUCGCCGACGCUCCCAGCGCCACCCCUGCGGACAGCGAGGACGCCAGCGCCGCUGCUGUGGCACAGUCCUCGGAGCUGAAGCAGGAGUCCGCCAAGGCGUCGGCCCCUGCGCCGACACCCGCGGCACCUGCAGCGCCGCCCGCGCUGGCGCCGGAGUCGGAGGCGGCCCAGGCAGAGGCCGGCAGGAAGCCGGCCGAGGGCGCGGCGGCGCCCGCGGCGCAGAGCCAGAGCCAGGCGGCGCCCGCGGGGGGCGGCGGCGAGGGCCUGGCGCCGCUGGCGAAGCUGCCGCCCUUCAGCGGGCCGGCGACGAUGUUCGCGUCCUCCAUGAGGGGGCCCUCAACCUGGAGCCGAUGCGCCCGCGCCCGAACACCACCAGGCUGCAGUCGCAGACCUCCGUGCCCGCUGCGCCCCCGAGCGCGCAGCCCCAGCGGCCUCCGCAGGCCCCAGAGCAGGAGGUGCAGGCCGCCGGCCAGCCCGCGCCGCCGCCGAAGCCGGCGGUGCCGGAGGCCCAGCUCGCGCCGCAGGUACCGCGGCCCGUCGUGCAGCCCGUCGUGCAGCCCGUGCAGAUGCAGCAGGUGGCCCUGCAGCAGAUGCCGCAGCAGCCCCUCGUCCAGCUGCAGAUGCCGGCGCCCGUGGUGCCUCAGGCCGCCCUGCCCGUGGCGGCGGCGGACGGCGCGAGGAAGAAGGGGAUCAAGCUGA